AUGACAUCCAAUCCUAGGACAUAUUCAGAUUCCUGUCUAAUUUAUUUGGAUCCACCCAAUUCUGGUCAUGCUCAUGCCGAAAUUAAGACUGUCUUGCGCAAUAAAAUCAUGAUAUAUGCCAAUGCUCCUCAUGGAUAUUACAUUGGCCGAGAUCCUCAAGGCAACCAGUAUCUAUUCUCUUUUGUCAAUGGGGAAGAUGCCAUGGAAGCAUUUCAUGAUGCACUUAUGCGUGCAGCCAAGACUCACGAAACCAACACAUCCAGCACAUCAUCAUUCCGCCCUAUACCUAUGAAGACAGGCCAGCAUCCACAUAGCACCACUGGAAAUCCCCCUAUAUUCAACACCCAGCCUCGAGGGCAACCCUCCAGAAUGGCUGGACAAGAGAAAAAGACACAUUCCCACUAUAUCCGUCAGAGUGACAUAAACUCCUUGCUUCCCUUGCAAGAAAUCAACAUUGGAUCCAAUGUGUCAUCUGCAGGACGGAAAUAUUUUUACUAUCUCCGAGCUAAUGUUGAUGAUACAACUCCUGGUCCCCGAGGUUUGGAAUUUGAACUUCCUAUUGAUACAGGGAGUCAAUCCAGUUGGUUGUUUGUUAAUGAUUUCAAUUGGAUCAAUGGAUCCCACAUGAAUUACACUAUUGAAAAGUGGCCUACAGCUUGGAAGCAGAAUACUGACACGAUCAAAUGGCCUUUUACAGUUCAAGGCCCGAACAACUUGAAAGAAAUGCCACGCAAAAUUUCGGCAUACGGCUCAGAUGGAUAUGUUGGCAAGUCUAUUUAUGCUAUCAAAUUAUUGGAAAAAAGUAAGCUCUCAACAGAAGUAUGUGAUGGACCUUUGAAAUCCAAUGUUGUUGUCACGCUACAUGGGUGGGAUUGGGCGAAGAAAGACCAUUCAACAAAGGGAUUCAAGAUUCAUGAUGGGUUUGACUUUGUCACUGCAGCUAAUGAACAAAUCAUAUGGGAAGGGUAUGAUGGGAAUAUUGGCCUUGGUCCCAGACAAGGGGAUUUACAAACUGGAACAAGCAGAAACUUUCUAGCUUCCCUGACCACAACUCGGCAGAUUAUUGAUUCAUCCAUCUUUAUUAUCCGCUUAGUCCAUCCGGAUGACUUGGAUAAUGCACCACUGGACUGUAAUUUGUUCAAUAUCAUUUCUUUUGGCCCUGGUUUUCCAUUCCAAGCCCCUGUGAGCCCUGAUGCUUACUUCAGUUCACCAAUUCCUACAAUCAGUAAAGACAUUGCUGGUGCAGCUAGACCCGAGAAAUGGAGGGUCAAGCUCUUGAGGAUUGGUAUAUGUUCCGUGGACCGUAAUGACUACUCUUGGAUUGACAUGGACAAUACUGAGACCAAGUCAUCCAUCAUUCAAGGAAUUGACAUACUCAUGGACACUGGAACCCCAAUGACUGUUUUGCCAGAUUAUGUUGUGGCAAAGAUACAGUCUGAUGAGAAGUGGCUUGGGUCAUCCAGGCAAACUCAGCUUGAUUUGUUGAUGAAUGACAAGACAUAUACGAGACUGGCCCAUAAGAAGAUCCGAUUUGAAUUCAAAGGUGAAGGACGCCAUCCUGUAGGAGUUACUGUAUCGGCAAAAUCCUUCAUGGCUUGGUACUCAAAAGUAGAAGCUGGAGAUAAUCCUAAAUUACAUCUCUGUUCAAUUAAAGGAUCACACAAUCAGGAUGAGUUUGCCUUGGGCCAAAAUUGGUAUUGGGCCGCAAUUGUUAAACAUGUUUCACCUCGAGAAAAACGCAAAUUCCCUUUUGUACAGGUCAUGUCUAAUGGAUAUUUCUUCGAUUAUGACACCAACAAAACUGUUCGGCCCACUGAUAUGAUACUCAAACCAUUGCCUCCACGUUUGGGUCCUACUGAUUGA